UACGGUCUGACAUGUACACAAAUGACACAAGCGAUAGACGCCCCGUUCAAACGUAUAAAAAGCAGACAUUUAACGCAACACGGAAUAAGUUGCACUUGAGGUGGCCACGCGUAGCACAACAACGAUGGGUGUUUAUAUUUCCCGACUUUUUGCUAUGUUUACUGCCAAAACUCCUGCCAGGAUUCUUAUGGUGGGUCUGGAUGCGGCGGGUAAAACCACUUUGCUGUACAGGAUGAAGCUGGCUGAAGUGGUCACUACUAUCCCCACAGUGGGAUUUAACGUGGAAACGGUGGAAUACAAAAACAUCUCCUUUACCGUUUGGGAUGUUGGCGGUCAAACUAUCAUCAGACCACUAUGGAGGCACUACUACCAAAACACCAAUGGUAUCAUCUUCGUGGUGGACAGCAACGAUCCUCACAGGCUGAAAGAGGCCUCCGAAGAGCUCCACUUGAUCCUGGAAGAGGACGAGCUGAGAAACACGGCUUUGCUGGUGUUAGCCAACAAGCAGGACCUCCCUCGCGCCAUGACUGUCAGCGAGGUCACCGAGGGUCUACGCCUGUCGGGGGUCGCGCAGCCGUAUUACAUUCAGGCUUCCUGCGCAGUGAGUGGAUCGGGUCUGGUCGAGGGUCUGGAUUGGCUCUCCAACCAGAUUCUGAAGCAGUUUUAGCAGAAACGUUGUGAACUUGUUCCUGCCUCGGUCCUUACCUUGCCAACAUGGCGGCCUUUGCAUCGUCCCCAACAACAUGGCGGCUACUCAGAAGAGGUUCUUGUAAUAACAUUGGUUAUGUUAUUGCAAAAAAGCAUUAGCACUGUUUGAUUACAUUUGUGACAAAUGCUUGAUGGGUAUUUUUAUAUUUGACGCUCUUAAAAGCAACAAAUCGACUAUGGAUGGAAACAUAGUGACAUCUUUGAGUUGCGUUAAACUUCCUGUGUUCGGUAUGGGAAAAUAAAUGAUUGUACUGUAUGACUUUUGAUUUUAAAGCAACACUUGGUAACUUUUCAGUUUUGGUCGAUUUUAGCACCACCGGUGGACAAAAGCGGUAGUGUUUUACCUUAAGGAAGACGGCAUUCCACCUGAGGACCAACGGUGCGUUUCCCAUGAGGACCAGCGCACACCCGCACAGUGUCGUAAAAUCAUCAAUCAAAAAUCUUUCUCCUGGUCACCAGUAGAAGGAUUAAACAACAUUUCUCUUUCCAGCGGCUGUGUGAAGGAUGAAGUAAUACGGUAAUGAAUCCAGUUGUGGCUAAACAAUAGCAUAUGACGGUUAGCAACCAUGUUGCUGAUACACCCCACCCGAAAUCGUCAGCGCUGACGAGUUCGGUUGAAAGCCAGACCAAUGUUUAUUCUUUUUUCCCUCCUCAGACAAAACUUUUUGUCUCUUUUGUUGCUCUGCCAUCUGUGCAGAAUUCACGCGAAAGCGUUGGCAUCGACUUCCGUCUUUAUAAUGAAAGGGGGAAGUGAAGUAUGCCCUGAAGCAGUCAGCACAUUUAUAGUUUUUUUGUGUGGCAGGGUUCCUCCUCAAAGUUAAUAAGUGAUACAGAACCACUCAAUAUAUAAAAGAGGUGUUCAACUAGUUGUCAGUCAACGCAUUUUCACAAAUGUUAUGAAAAUAUUUUAUAAAAGUUGAAAAGUUGCCUAGUGUUGCUUUAAGUGUAGGAUGGGGAUGGCAAAUCAUGAAUUAAUGUUUUUUUGUGUGCGUGUUUCUGUACUCUACUGUGGGGUUAAUAAAGUGCAAUAUAAUCUGUGUGAUACGAAAAUGUAUUUCAACCGUGCAAUACAAUAAAACAAACAUA